AUGUCUGGAGUUGUCGCCCUCGAUGCCUUUGACCAAGUGGGUUCCAGAUACAUGCGUGAGAUCUUUCCAGACGUAGUCGAAGCUGGCCACCCUCUGCAUAAGACUUGGCCUGAACAUGCUGUCGGACUCUUUGUUGCGAAGAGUCAAGUGACGGCAGACAUAAUCCACAGCACGAAGAAGCUCAAGUUUAUUGUCCGGCAUGGUACCGGAUACGACAAUAUCGACGCAGGCGCUUGCAAGGAGAAAGGCAUAGUGCUAUGUAACCUUCCAGGAAUCAGCGCUAUGAGCGUUGCCGAGUUGGCCCUCGCAUUGACGGGCGCAUGUGCGAAGAAUCUCGUUCAAGUAUCAAGACAGAUCAGAGCUGGCGAACAGCUAAACAAACGAUUCAAGAGCCUCUACUCGGCUAGUUUACUAACGGGAAAGUCUUUUGGAAUUGUCGGCGGUGGUCGCAUCGGACAACUCACGGCAAAGAAAUACAUCGGUGCUUUUGAAGGGAAGAUUAUUUUGUAUGAUCCCUAUAUUCCGGAAAGCGGCUCAGACUGGGAUUCGAUCCCUCACGUACGGGUACCUUCAGUGGAGGCAAUGGCACCUCUGGUCGACGUGAUGUCUCUGCAUGUGCCACUUCUGCCAGCAACCCGCAACAUGAUCACGUUGGCGGUGCUGGAAAAGAUGAAGCCCACCGCCAUUCUCAUCAAUGUAGCACGAGGAGGAGUUGUGAAAGAGGAUGACCUGUGGCAAGCUUUGAGAGAAGGGGUCAUUGCGUCUGCUGGUGUAGACGCUUGGAUGAGCGAACCACCGACAAAGGAAGUUUAUGGAGAUAUUCUGGAUUUAGAGAACUUAGUUAUGAGUCCUCAUAUAGGCGGCUCGCCUGCCGAGGUCCAGAUUGCAACCUGUAUGAGCAUGGUUGACCAUAUGAAGGAACUGAUAGAUGGCAAACCGCCCAGAGAUAGAGUAGGGUGA